GAUCCAAUGUAGAUCACGUGAUGAUAGCUGCAUGGAGUAUUCGUUCUGAAUUUGGUUUGCGCUGCCUCCUGCAGCUGCAUAUUCUUUGAUAACUGAAGAACAUUCUCAUUAGAAAAUGCCGUGUUUUUUAAGUGUUAUUCAAAGCCCUAUUCAAGCUUUCCUCAGACCUGCUGUAUGGAUCCCUGGCCUCAACAGACUUCACAGUCACAGAGAAAAGUGGGUAGCCAUGAGUGGAACAGCGGAUGAAUUUAUUGAUGAACUAAUACAAGCUGUGGAUAGAGUUGCAGAGUCUGAUUCAAAGACUACAUAUGCAGUCAAGCAGGUUGAUCGUGAGAAACACAAGGUCCAGAUCUACAACUGGACUUGGGCUGAGUGGCUAGAUGUGGUUGAAAUUGAAUUUAGAGAUGGAAUAGCAGGAGGGGUAGAAGCAAAGUGUUUCUCAUUCUCCAGUGGUUUCUUGCCAACUUGGUUCCCUCUGUGCUUUCUCUUCAAUGUGGUUCUGUUCUGGAUUCCUUUCUAUGAUAACAAAUUCAACUCUACCAGAUUGGAGCGACUUAGAGUUUCCAUGGCAACUGAAUGCAUACUUGUCCCCAAGAAGAACGAGGAACCAAAUGAAACUACCCCAAUCGUGUCUGACAAAUUCACACCAACAACCUCCCCACCAAGACAGUCUUCGGCAAGUUUCACAGAAGCCACAGAUACAAGGCACAACACCAUGGCAACAGAGCAUUCUCAAGAGAAAACCACACCCACAAACAAGGACCAAGCUCCAGCAGCUGACACUGUGGUGGUGGUACCCUCUGUGGAAGUUUUAGAUCCAGACCCUUCUGAUGGGAUUCCGACUGGUACUGUUGUGAAUGAUACCAGUACGACAAUAGAAGGUGCACCUAGUGAUGGGGAUGCUCAUCAAACAAGCCCCUCAGUUUCAAAUACUGAACCGGUCAAUACAUGAAAUUAAUUUGUGAUUUUGUUGAAGAGAAAGGACUCUGCUAAUUAACAAUAAGGGUCACUAUGGAGGUGAUACUAUUUUCAUGGGGUUGUCACCCCCCUAAUUAUAUAUUAGAAGUAUGUAAUACUCUACACAAUAUUUCACAAUUAUCCACCUCUUCCGAGAAAUACAGUACUUAGUAGAACAGUAUGACCAUUAUUCAGUGGUUCCUACCAUCUUAAUUCUGACCAUUCCAUUGACAGGUAGAGCCUACCAUGAUCAUAGAUUAGAUAUACAAUUAAUUAUAAAGAAUAAUAUACAGUACUGGGUAUAUCGAUUAGUCCCUUUGAAAGUACUAUUAGAUUAAUCAAUUCAAUGCCAUUAAUGUUUAAUGAUGAUUAUGAUGUCAUGCAAAUUGAUAUAGUGCUUAUUACAAAUGUUCAAAUUUUAGGACCAACUUUGUGACGUUUGAGUACGUGGCAGGUUCCGAAGUCAUAUAACUCUUCAUUAGUGCAGGUACAAGGAAUGCCUCAAAACAAAUUCAAUGCACAUUCUGUUUCAAGCCAAAAUUAAAAAAAUGUAUAUUUUUUUCCUUUUACCAAUUGACAACAAAUAGUAUCAUGUUUCAAUUGGCAAAAUGGUUAAGAAUAAUUUCCAUUAAAUAAAGUAAUUGAAAUAAGCCGAUUUAUACAAAAUUCAUUUAUUAUUAAAAUAUAUUGGAAAGUUAUUCUGAUGUGAUACUUUAUUCAUAGUAGAUUUUUUUAUUAAAGAGGGCCACUUUUAUUUCUUGAUUUUAGAGCAGAAUUCUGAUUUCAUGCAUAAAUAUUCAAAAUUAAACAAUUGUUCUUAAAAAUAUCUAUCUAUGCAGUUUUGUAGAUAAUAUCAAAGGUGACACGCAUUCCAAUUUUCAACAUGAUCACAACCAAGAUCCUUGGACCCCAUCCUGCUGUAUGGUCUACCAAAAUAUCCUGGCUUAGUCAGAGUUAAAACUGUAGUGAUAUUGAACUGUUACAUAUAAUCACACAUUGACUAUACUCCAAUAAUAACAGAUAAAUUUGAAGCAUUUAAUUAAUUUGGUAAUCUUAUUUAUUAUCAAGUGACAUGUAUUUCAACAGAAAGCUGAUAAUCAUGAUAAUGGUGAGUUAAAUACAUAUUCACAUAAAGAUCAUACAUGACAUUAUUUAUACUUAGUGCUAAGAUAUUGUAUACAAUGUAUAGCAUUUAUUUCAAAAUAUUGUUACAACAUGUAUACAAUAUUUCUGAUACAAAAAUGUUGAAGUACCAUGUACUGUGUCAGUAUUACAUUCAAUUGUGCAAUUUAAAAACUUUGUAUAAAAUACAAAGUAGGAAAAAAUGUAUGUUGUGCAUUGUUUAAUUCAAGAUUAAAUCACUUAUUCAUGACAAUGUUUGUUUACCUACCCCUUCCAAUGACAAUGAUAAUAAUAUAAUAAGAGACAUUCAGUGAUUCAAAUAAAGCAUUGGUGAUUUUGCCUGCAGGCUGAAAUGAGGGCAUAAAAUCUUUCUUUUUUUUUCAUAGCAAUAUGUACACCUGUGAUCAUUAGCAGACAAUACUAGUAGAUUACAAGCUGCCAUGCCUCAGCUGGAUUCUUUUGUAUGCUUAGAACAUCAUGCUUUAGAACAAAUUAUACGAGUAUAUAAGAAAAACAUGUACGACACACACACAUAUACGGUAUAUAUACAUACGGUGGCAAAUAAUGUUGCAAAAAGUACCUUUUUAUGCAGCAAUACAACUUUACUGUUAUUGUAUGGUUAUGGUUAUUUUAAUCCACAAAAAUGAAUGAUUUUUUUUGGUUUAAAUAGAAUUAUUAACCUAAAGCCUUACACAGACCGUUUUUGAAUUAUUUUCUUUUUCUCAUUUUAAGAUUUGCUCUAGGAAUUUAGAAUGCAGAUUUCGGCAAAAAUGAAAUAAACUCUCAUUUACAUGGCGCAAUGAUUACAUUUCUUUAAAAGGUGCUGUAUGUUGAAAAUUGUGAUUGAAGUUGUUGUUUAUCUACUUUAUAUGUUAGUUUUUGCAGACAUUGUUUUAUUAAAUGGUGCCUUGAGAAAUAAUGAUUGAAAGAUCAGCAUUUUGCAUUUUAUAGAUGAAGUUCUCUCCAACAAGGAGUUGACUUGAAAAGUAGAGACUAAUAAGUAUAACAUUGAAAGUUUCAUCUGAAUCCGAUUCUUUUAUAUAUCUUUUUUUUUUAUUCUUUUUUUUUUUAUGGCAAUACUGGCAACCCUGGAAUACCUUCUUUCCUCAUGGAACAUGUGUAGUUCAUUGCAAAUAUCUGAAGAGCUUCUUUAUCACCAAAGUUAUAAGAAUUGAAUAUCCAGUGAAAUACAGAAAAAAGGUAAAAUCUGAGAUAUCAUCAUCUUUUCUACAUUUGUAUAUAGGCCUGAGGCCAGAAUGUGUAGAUAAUUGUUGUUUUUUUUAAUAAGCAAAAUUAAAACAUGGCUUUCUUGAUUUACAUAAUUCUGAUGUAACUUUGAUGUAUACUUAUUUGAUUUUAUCAAUUAAUUCAAUCAACUUGUUGGGGUAGAUUUGGCCUUUAAGUAUCUGUUAUUUGUAUUUCAUGUUAAUGUUUUGAGAAAUAUAUGAUUAUGCCAAUGCAUUUUUCACCAAAGAUGACCUUUAUGCAAAUUAACCGUUUAUACAAUUUUCCUAUGUAUCUGACUUGAAUAUAUUAUUAUUGUUGUUUUUUAUUAUCAGAAUUUCUUUUUAUGUAACCAAGUUGGGUUUAUGUGAUUUGCAAUCACUUAAUACGACAAUACAUCAGACGGUGGCCUGUACUGUUUCCAGAAGAAGAAGAAUAAUCAUUUGUAAAUUUUGUAAUUUACUUUAAUUCGUUAUAAUAAAAACAGAAUAAUAAAAAAGAAUUUCUUUAAAACAAAUUGUAGCUAUUUAAAAAUGUUGUACAUUAUCUGAUAUAGAUAAUGUAAAGGAGUUGCCAUCUCAUGAAAAGUAGAGCAAAUAAUGGGAAUAUAUUCUCAGCUACUUGAUUAUAAUCAAUUUAAGCAAUUUAAACAAUUAUGGAGUUUAUGUAUUUCAUGAUCCUUUUCUUUUAUCUUAAUAAGCAAUAGAAGUUUUUAUAUACUCUUUACAACCAAGUAUGUAUAAAUGUAUAAAUACUAAUGAAUUAUCUGUGAAAUAUUAUCAAUUAGGUACAAAUGUGCUUGAAACACAGUACAAAAAGGGUUUGAAAAAUUAUGCUCCCAAUGUCCCCAAUUUUAUUGCAUCACUAUCGUUUGGUCAGUACAGUGUGAAAAGGUAUUUAAGGAAUCUAAAGUAACUUUCUAACAACAAAACAUACUUUUCGAUUUCUUAUUAUGUAAGGUUCUUGAGUUCAACGCGAAUGAUAUUGCAGUAACAGAGAAAUAGUUAUUCACUUAUUGCAACAUUGAAUAAUGAAAUUUGAAAAAACGAA